AAGACGAGAGGAUCACCGAGAACUGCGGGACACUGAUUUGAUUGGUCAACAAGCGUCACAAGUGCUGGACUCGGACAACAUUGGGAAUCUUAUUUACCACUACAUUGAAAAUCCUGACGUACACAUCAUUGUGAAUUUAGAAGCAGCCUAUGAAAAUGGACCUGAGGAAUUUGGAAGCGGUUCACUGACCUAGUGGAAGUGUUUGCCAAGGACAAGGAAACAAACUGCUUUGUCAUGCAGUGUUUCCUGCUGAAGAAAAUUGCUGAAACUCAACCAGAGGUGUUCACUCCUCGUAGUAUGAAGCUGUUCUUUGAUGUCCACUUCAUGGAUUUCACGGCUAACAGUCAGGUGCUGAUCUUCAUGGAUAUACUGUCCAAGUCACAGCCUGCCCUCUUUGGACCCUUCAUCCCUCACCCCCUGCUGAACUCCAAACUGAUGCAGGAUACCAUGGCUAGUUACCAAAUGAACAUUGUCACCAGGGCUGCUGCUGUUUGUAAGGACUGCCAGAAACCAGUUUUUGACUACUUCACUGAGAGACUGAAGAGUUGCACUGACCAGCAUGUGCUGUACGCCUGUAUAAUGGGUCUGAGAGAGAUGCUGGAGAUUUGUGGUCCAGACUUUUUCACAGAGGAGGUCCAGGCUGUGAUAGAGAAUCAGAAGACAAGCGCUCCGGCUAAAUACAUCAAAGAUGUGGCUCAGAAUCUCCAAGAUGAACUCGCAGGAAGAAG